AGUCCAAAGAUGGGCAGCCUUCCCAUAUCAACUGAAUAUUUGCACAAAUCCUCAUAUGUGAACUGGUACAGGUUAAAAAUCCUUUUGCUGCGUAAACCAUGGAGUGCAACCAAAAUCAAACCAUAGAAGAAAUCGACGAGCGCAUCAACAACAACGCCACCAUCAUCAUCAAUGAAGAAGAAGAACAACAAAGCAAUAACACCACUCCAAGUUUCUCACCUUCAGAGGCAACCGUAAUGGACCCCAACCAACCCAUGAAGGAAGAGGACUUAACAGAUACGGAGCCACGAGAAUUUACCAACUCGACGCUCGUUCAUGGCCUCGUUCCAGUCAUGCCUGCUGCCCAAAUCAACCGCUCUUUUGUCCCCAAACGCCCAUCAAAAGACCGUCAUACGAAAGUAGAAGGCCGUGGCCGUAGGAUCCGCAUGCCUGCCACUUGUGCGGCCAGGAUUUUCCAGCUGACCAGAGAACUGGGUCACAAGUCCGAUGGUGAAACAAUCAGGUGGUUAUUAGAGCACGCGGAACCAGCUAUUAUUGAAGCCACAGGCACAGGCACGGUCCCUGCUAUUGCUGUUUCUGUUAAUGGCAGUCUCAAGAUACCAACUUCUUCAGGAAAACAAGAUGGCGACUUGCCAAGAAAACGUAGGAAAAGACCGUCAAAUAGUGAGUUUAUUGACGUUAAUGAGCAUCAAAGUUCAGUUUCUUCAGGGUUAGCACCAAUUGCGCCAGUGACUUUUAGCAGCGUCAAUGUGAAUUCGCAAGGGUUGGUUCCUUUAUGGCCUAUGGGUACUUUUGGUGUACUUCCUGCUGCUGCUGGUGGCGCGCCUGCUUCAAACCAGGCACAGUUAUGGGCGAUUCCAGCAACUGCAACACCGUUUUUCAACGUUGCAGGUCGACCAAUAUCUAGCUUUGUGUCUGCUAUGCAGCCAGAGGUCCAGGGUUCCAGCGUGGGCUUGAUGGGUUCGAGUGGUGUACCCAGUUCUAAUUCAGGGACUACAGGCGGGGCUGGGGUCAGCAGUAGUAGUAAUGGUAAUAGUAAUAGUACAACGCAGAUGCUUAGGGAUUUUUCUUUGGAGAUUCUUGAUAAGAGAGAGCUUCAAUUCUUGGGUCGUCCUGCAAAUCACCAAAGGCCAUGUUCAAAGCCUUAAGAAAAGGAGAAGGUUAGGCUUCUUGACUGUGAUCAUACAGAUUUAGAGUUUAGGGUUUUAGGAUGGUUUUUUUUGUUUUAUAUUUUGUAAUUGUAGGACUAAAGGGCAAAUGAAAUUGCAAAGAACAGCGAAGGGCUUUUGUCGUUUCAAUCUUUUGCUCGCCUCGUUUCAAUCUUUUGCUUGCCCGUCUAUUAUAUACCCUUUUUUUUAUCCAUUUGCUCCUCGGAAAUGGUUUUUGGGGAGAAAACUUUUCUCGUCCCACUGACGGUGGGGUCACGUGAUAUUGGGAUGUGCACGUGGAUGGUGGGUCUCAUAUUCUGGGGACGCGUGGGGCCAUAACAAGUGGGUCCUUUUCUGAAUGGUGGGUCAACAAGAACAGUUGAGGACUAGAGGCUAGAGAAGGGUGGUGGUGGCCCGUGGACGAAGCCGAUCGGUUUAAUGUGGGCCACACGUUAUUGUCACGCGAUGGAGGCACGUGUACCUAGGGAUGCGGAUCCCACCGAAACCAAAAUUUCUGAUGCUGAUCUUUUGCAUUGCGUUGGCGUUUCUAGUACUAGAAGGCUGCCUUGUGGUGGAUGCCUGGAUGGCCCUAACUUUUAACCCAACUUUUUAGGUCUGCUUUUUGGGCAGACUAGACUGGCCCCUGCUGACACGCGUCCUCCUCCGAGCUGUUCUUGUGGGGACCAGCUUCUUUCAGUGCUGGACACGUGGCUCUCUUUAAUGUCUCCAUUUGCUUUUAUUAUCAAGGGAAUGAUCACUAUCAUUCGUUUGAACAAAGUCCUUAUUGAUGGAUAUUCUCGCCCAUUUACACUUGGCAACAAUGAAAGAAAGGAUAUUCUCCCCUCAGAAAUUUGAUUCCAAAAUUCGGAUUUGUCCUUGCUCAUUUAAAUGGCAAUAAUUUGGAAGGCUUUGGCAUUGGGUUAGUUGUGGUUGCAUUAAUAAUUCCCUAGUCCGUAAGAUGAGAAGGUCACUCUCCAAUCUCAACCUCUAAUCUUUCAAUUACAUGGGUAUUGAAAUCAGGUUACCCUCGGUUGCUCUAUAGUCCUAGUUUGAAGAAUACACCACCUUUUAUUGGGGCAUGUAAAAACUCGAGGAGUUACUUUUCACUGAAUAUUUAGUAUGGAAAAGACAGUGGCCUUAGGUAUUAAUAACUUGGAGGCACAUUGCUUUUUUUACUUUUCCAAACACAA